UUCUCCCCCCAAAUCUGGGGGUUCGGUUGCGCCAUCGCCGGCACCUCCCCCAAGGCUUCCGCCAGCGGUUUCCUUCCCACGGGGGGGAGGGGGACACUCCGAGAUGUGUCCCCAUAAAAACAAACCCGGCGGGGUUUUUGGGGGCCCCAGAUCCCCCCGGGUACAGGGGCCUGGCUCGGCUCCCCGCCCGCUCACGCGCUCCCGUUAUCUCCGGUGUCACCGGAGCGGUGACAGCCCCGGGGGGUGACACCGCUCAGCACCGGCGCCUCGCUGCCCGUAAGGAACACCCCAAAGUGUCCCCAAGGCCCGGGUGACCUUCGCGGGGGGAGUGGAAAAGAGGGGCUUUGUGCUGAUGUUCUUGGGGAGGGACCCCGCUUAUGGCUGUGGUGCGAACUCCGUCCAGGUGCUUGGGUUUGGGGUGGAACCGUGGUAUCUGGAGGCUGAAUUGUUCAGAGAGGAGCGGGGACGCGGUGGCCGUGGCCGUGUCCCCUCCCGGGGAGGGGGUGACCGGCGCUGGCCCCUUCCCACCCCCUCGGCCCAGCCCGAAACCGCCGCGCUUGCGUCAGGUAUCGGGGGCGGCUCCCGGCCGGGCCGGGCGCGGCUCCGGCUCUCCGGACUUUGCUCCCGGUUCCUCCAGGAGCCCGCCGGGAUCCCCGGGACGCCGCGGGGACGCCGCGGGGAUACCGCGGCCGGCCCGCGCUGAGCGUCCCCUCGCUGUCCCCUCGCUGUCCCCGCAGCCAGGAGCCGUGGAGGGCAAGGGCGGUGGCAAGGCCAGCAUGCUGCGGGGCCGCAACGCCGGCACGGCCGCCGAGGAGCAGCCACACAUCGGCAACUACCGGCUCCUCAAAACCAUCGGCAAGGGCAACUUCGCCAAGGUCAAGCUGGCCCGGCACGUCCUGACCGGCAAGGAGGUAGCCGUGAAAAUCAUUGACAAGACACAGCUCAACUCCUCCAGCCUGCAGAAGCUCUUCCGGGAAGUGCGAAUAAUGAAGGUCCUGAACCACCCCAACAUAGUGAAGCUCUUCGAGGUGAUCGAGACGGAGAAGACGCUUUACCUCGUCAUGGAGUAUGCCAGCGGGGGUGAGGUGUUCGAUUACCUGGUGGCCCACGGGCGCAUGAAGGAGAAGGAGGCCCGGGCGAAGUUCCGACAGAUAGUGUCGGCCGUGCAGUACUGCCACCAGAAGUUCAUUGUGCACAGGGACCUCAAGGCUGAGAACCUGCUGCUGGACGCCGACAUGAACAUCAAAAUCGCCGAUUUUGGGUUCAGCAACGAGUUCACGUUUGGGAACAAGCUGGACACGUUCUGUGGCUCCCCCCCCUACGCCGCCCCCGAGCUCUUCCAGGGCAAGAAGUACGACGGGCCCGAGGUGGACGUGUGGAGCCUGGGGGUCAUCCUGUACACGCUGGUCAGCGGCUCGCUGCCCUUCGACGGGCAGAACCUCAAGGAGCUGCGGGAGCGGGUGCUGCGGGGGAAGUACCGGAUCCCCUUUUACAUGUCCACGGAUUGUGAGAACCUCCUCAAGAAAUUCCUCAUCCUCAACCCCACCAAGAGGGGCACCCUGGAGCAAAUCAUGAAGGACCGCUGGAUGAACGUGGGCCACGAGGACGACGAGCUCAAACCCUACAUGGAGCCCGUGCCUGACUACAAGGACCCUCGCAGGACAGAGCUGAUGGUGUCCAUGGGCUACACGCGGGAGGAGAUCCAGGAGUCACUGGUGGGGCAGAAAUACAACGAGGUGAUGGCCACGUACCUGCUGCUGGACCACAAGAGCUCCGAGCUGGAGGAGAACCUGUCCCUGAAGCCUCGGGUGGCCCCGGAGGUGGCCAACAGCUCGGGCCCCUCCCCAGCUCACAAGGUGCAGCGCAGCGUGUCGGCCAAUCCCAAACGGCGUGUCAGCGACCAGGCCGGGCUCUCCAUCCCCACCUCGGCCUCGUACUCCAAGAAAACGCAGGCGGCCAACGCGGAGAACAAGAGAGGAGGAGGAGGAGGAGGAGGAGGAGGAGGAGGAGGAGGAGGAGGAGGAGCAGGGGAGGACGAGGGCGGGGGGCGCCGGGCUGGCAGCACUGCCAAGGUGCCCCCGAGCCCCCUGCCCGGCCUGGAACGCUCCAAGGGCACCCCCUCCCCCUCCACGAACAGCGUCCUGUCCACGGGCACCACGCGCAGCCGGAACUCGCCGCUGCUGGACCGGGCCAGCCUGGGCCAGAGCUCCCUGCAGAACGGCAAGGACAGCGGGGCUCCCCCCCGGGUGCCAGCGGCGUCCCCCUCUGCCCACAACGUGAGCCAGGGCCCAGGGGAGCGGCCGAGCUUCCCCCGGGGGGUCUCGAGCCGCAGCACCUUCCACGCCGGGCAGCUCCGCGCCCCCCGGGACCCCCGGGACCCCCUGCCCUACGCGCUGCCCCCGGGGCUGCCCCCGCCCGCCUCGCCCUCGGGCGCCAGCCAGGGCCGGCACGGCCCCUCCGCCAGCCUCUUCAGCAAGUUCACCUCCAAGUUCGUGCGCAGAAAUCUGUCUUUCAGGUUUGCCAGAAGGAGCCCCCACGAGCCCGAGAGCAAGGAGCGGGUGGAGACCCUCAGACCCGCGGUGGGCCCCGAGAAGGAGCCCCGCGACGCCGCCGGCCGCGACGCCAAGCCGCGCUCGCUGCGCUUCACGUGGAGCAUGAAGACCACGAGCUCUCUGGAGCCCGGGGAGAUGCUGCGCGAGAUCCGCAAGGUGCUGGACGCCAACAGCUGCCGCUGCGAGCCCCAGGAGCGCUUCGUGCUGCUCUGCGCCCACGGCGCGCCCGGCCACGACUCCUUCGUGCAGUGGGAGAUGGAGGUGUGCAAACUGCCCCGGCUCUCGCUCAACGGCGUCCGCUUCAAGCGCAUCGCCGGCACCUCCAUGGCCUUCAAGAACAUCGCCUCCAAGGUGGCCAACGAGCUCAAGCUCUGAGCCACGGCCGCCCGGGAGCUCCGGCUCUGGGGACGCGGACACGGUGA